GUUUAUGGAGGUAAUAUUUUCAAAAAGUCUUUAUUGGCAGUUAAAUUAAUGUAGAAAAUGUCUGAGGAAACCAGACUUUUUGUAUGAAUGCUCUUUGGGACGUUGCACUCUUGACCUCCGUAUUUCUAAAUAAACUGGUGCAGCCCUGAUUAUGACACUGUUAUUUAUAAGGUGCAUUUUCAGGCUGUAGUAAGUAUUGUUUAAUUCAAAUGCAUAAUAUAGAAAAAGAUUUACAUCAUCUUGUUUCCCUCGAACAUGUAAAAGAAGGUGAAUAAAACAAAAUGUCUAGUUCACACUGAACCAUAAGCCUGAACUUUAGGUCAUUUCAACGUAACAUAAACCUCGUUAGUCACGUGGAGCAAAACGUGGUUUUAAUUUCUCAAAACGUCGACCGGAAGUCCUGAUCCUAACCCGUCACCGGUGUCUCCCCCCCCAAUCAGUGUGGCCCACCUGUCCGUCUUUAUCAGCGGCUCUCUGUGCAGCAUGGCGGCUCUCUCUCUGCUCCAGGCCUCCUCCUCCGACGCCCGUGGAUAAGUAGCUGCAGCGGCCCGGCACGGGAACUACGUCUCCGGCUGUGCUCAUGGCCAAGACUGGUUUCUGCGACUCCAAGCCCCUGCUGGACUUACACAAGAAGGCGGAUGAGAGGCGAGCCCCGUUAAGAACCUGGUCCAAUGCCUGCGGGCCCAUAGAUCGCUGGCAGCCGGUAGAAGUAGACGAGUCCAGGAUGGCCCCUGUCAAAAUGGAGCUAGAGCACAGAUGGGAAAGGAGGUUAUCGGCACAAACAAGUGAAGGCAUCCUUAUGGGCUUCCAUGAAGACAGUUUUACACACUCAGCUGCAGAUGGGUGUGUGGAGGAGGAGCCCGUGCUUCUUUACCCUCAUGGGCUGCAGGGUCUUCCCAGCCUGCAGGCACUGGUGCCCAGCUUGCUGCGCCACGAGGUGGAGACGGCACUGGAGAAACUGGACCUCAUAUGGGACCGAACGUACGCUUGGGAUAUGUUCUUGGAUAUGGCGAGAACUCAAACACGAAACUCUUUCCCCACCGCGGACCUGCCGCGGCAUUUUACUGAUGUCACUCGUUCUGUCCUGGUAGACUGGCUCAUUCAAGUACAUGAGUUGAUGCAUUUUCAGGAAGAGACCCUCUAUCUGGCCAUACACCUCGUCAACCGCUCCCUGCGUGAGGUAAAGAUCACCACGGUCAACCUGCAGCUCCUCGGCAUGGUUUGCCUCUUCCUCGCUGCAAAGAUGGAAGAGUGUCUCCUGCCCGAGGUGUCUGGACUCUGCUACUUGAUGGACCACACCUACACGAAGCAUCAGCUGCUGCGAAUGGAGCGCAAGGUCCUCCUAGGGCUCAAGUUCGAUUUGUCCUACUGCCCCCCUCUGCACUUCCUCCUCCUCCUCGCCUCGGUUGCUCGCUGCAGUGCCAAGGCGGUGUGGAUGGCUCGGUAUCUGCUGGAGCUGUCUCUCCUGGAGGGCCAGUGUGUGUUGUUUCUGCCCGUGCAGCUGGCAGGAGCGGCCCUCUGCGUGUCCCGCCAAGUUCUGCAGGAGCCCUCAACACCAGGAGGGGAGGCUGCAUGGUGCCUGGCCUCCAGUGUCCAUGUCGGCAGUGAGACCGCCCUGCUGAGGAUCAUGCACAUUCUGGCCAAUGCUGCAGCCAAGGCCCACACCCGUGAGACCUGUGCUAGUUUUAUUAAAUUCUCCUCCCCAGAGACUAUGCAGGUCAGCAGGCACGCUGGUCUAAAGAACGCCGCUGGUCUGCUGGGUGUAUGCACUUGACAUUCCUGAUUCGCAGAAACUAAAUUAUAUGCCGAAGCUUCAAAGUAGAGAUGCUAGACCAGUAUCACUUGAAGACUUGACUCCCGUGUGGUCCAGGCCUCUGACCAAGGCUGUGUAUUCUUUGCUGUGGAUCCUGAAGAGUUGCCAUGGAAUUGGGUGAGGAAGAAGUAUGAAUAAUGUUAAUGCCAAAUGUGGUCUUGACAAAGGAUUGUAUGCACUCUGCGUGUGUGAUUUAGCUGACCCAGUGGCACACCUGUUUUAUGUUCUUAUCUUGCAGCCGAUUUAGAAAAUAUUUGAAUUGUAUUGAUGUGUCCUUGUCCUAUGGGCUGUCUAUCAAAGUUAUUAUGAACGUUUUAAUGUAAAAUAAAGUGUCUGCUGCAAAGUU